GGUAUUAACAAUGCAUUUGAUUGUUAAAAUGAGUUGACGGCUCACGUGUUAAACAGGUCACGAUAAAGAAGCAAAAUGUGCUUCGCUCUCAUUGUGUUGAAAUUCAAACAGGAGCAGUCUGCCAGCAGCGCGGCGGUCAGCGGGAGGUUCGGCCCACACAGAACUAGAGGUCCGAACCGUGAGCCGGGCCUUCGCCACGACUCCCUGUGACCUCGUCCAGGGUGACGACACGUCGAGCAAAGGGCAGGACUCGUAUACUCGGUGCUUUACGGUCACGAGUCGGGUCAGGCUGUGACGCGGCGGGACCGGAAGAGAAACAGACUCGGGCGGACAGUACAGCACCACCUGUUCUGCCAGAGCCAACGUCCGAACCGAGCUCGGCCCGGACGCGGGAAGGGAUGACUGCAGCGGCGGCAGGAGCGGUCGGACGGGUGGCGGCGGGCCCGACCUCGCUGGCCCGGUUCCGGGGCGCCCUGGUCGGGGCGGUGCUGGGCGACUGCAUCGGCGGGGAGUUCGAGGGCGCCGAGGAGGUUCCGCUGGACCGGGUCCUGCAGCACCUGAACUCUAUGGAGCAGGAGAACCGGGGAGACGCUGUCCUGCAGUACUCUGACGACACGGCCAUGACGCGCUGCGUGGUGCAGUCACUGCUGACCCGGGGCGAGUUCGACCAGGUGGACCUGGCGCACAGGUGAGAGGCAGCCCCCCCUCUC